CAUUACCCUGCCUGUCAGACUUCAGCUUAUGCUCCCAAAAGCCACCAAUAAUCCACAUACACUCCCUGUCCCUCUUUUCUAAAUCAUAUACCACACACACACACACACACAUUUUAUUCACCUCUUUGUCACCCCAGAGCACCACUUAUAUAAAGCUCUCCCCUCUACCCUCGCUAGUUGUUUCUCCUCUUGUUUUCAUCUUCAGUGAACAUCUCUCUCUUUUCCUGUGCAGUGCCACCAUGUCUGACUUGGAAGAUCAUGGAGGGCAUCAGGAGGAAGAAGAUGAGGAGCAGGGAGAGGGAGAAGAACGUCCAAAAUACAAGCCACUGGUCACACAGCUUGCUGCCCCUAAAAUCCCAGAGGGGGAGAGGGUUGACUUUGAUGAUAUCCACAGGAAAAGGAUGGAGAAGGAUCUUCUGGAGCUACAGACUCUGAUUGAUGUCCACUUUGAGCAGAGGAAGAAAGAGGAACAGGAGCUGAUUGGACUCAAAGAAAGGAUUGAGAGCCGGCGGGCAGAGAGAGCUGAGCAGCAGCGAGUGAGAGCUGAAAAAGAGCGAGACAGACAGACACGGAUUGCGGAGGAGCGGCAGAGGAAGGAGGACGAAGAGGCAAAAAAGAGGGCGGAUGAUGAGGCCAAGAAGAAGAAGGUGCUCUCUAACAUGGGUGCCCACUUUGGAGGUUUCCUGGCCAAGGCAGAGCAGAGGCGAGGAAAAAGGCAAACUGCAAGGGAAAUCAAGAAGAAGACUCUGGCAGACAGACGGAAGCCACUGGCUAUUGAGAACCUGAGAGAGGACGGCCUGAGAGAGAGAGCCAAGGAGAUGUGGGAAUGGAUCUACCAACUGGAGUCAGAGAAAUUUGACCUGACUGAGAAGAUGAAGAGACAGAAGUACGAGAUAAAUGUUCUCCUGAACAGAAUCCAACAUGCUCAGAAAUUCAAAAAGGGCCAUGGUAAGGGGAAAGUUGGAGGACGCUGGAAGUGAACUCACACAGGAGGCACAAAGAAACAAUACAGUUUGCUAGUUUCAGGAUGAGAUUGCAGACGUUUUGCAGUAUUCAUCAGUUAUACUAAAAGAGAUAUGAU